AGAUUGUCAAAUUAAGACUGUCAAUUCUAAUGUCAUUACUAUAAAAAUAAACAUUUUAGAGGUUAAAAAAAUGAACGAAGUGUGGUGUUGAUAUACUAAUAAACCCUUUGUCAGAUUCGUUAUUUUUUAUUUCGAUUAAAGUAGCUUGAUAAAAUGGAAAACUACAGUAAAGGUAAAAAUGUGGAAGAAGAACUGGAACGAAGCAAAAUACCUAUUAAAGAUCUCCCAGAAAAUUUUCUGUGGAUGCAAGUGAAAGGUGGCAGUAAGAUGUCCAAUUUACUGUCCCAUGCCGCAGGUAUUCUGGAAGAUAAGGCAGUCACUGCUGUUGUGUGGACUGGGGCUGGAGUAGCCAUUUCCAAGGCCAUAUCAUGUGCUGAAAUAUUAAAACGACAGUUUUCCAUUCAACAUCAGGUUACAAAACUGUCAUACAAAACUGUGGAAGAAUAUUGGGAACCCAAAAUAGAUGGUCUUGAGACAUUAGUAGUAAAGAGACAAAUACCUAUUAUACACAUACUGCUCUCAGUGGAUGCUAUCCCUGAUACUAGCCAAGUAGGGUACCAAAGCCUGAACGGAAAGAAAUUUUGGCAAAAGGAACAGAGCAGCAACUCAAAGCAUAACCAAUCACAUAAACCUAAGAAACCAUUUAAACAUAAGAAAACAUAAAUAAUUUACUU